AUGAAGCGAUUACGCUUUCGACAUCGCUAUGUGCGCGAUUUAUCGGAAGACUCCAUUGAUGAGGAGUUGGAGAGGAGGACGGUGAAAAGCUCAAAAUGGAUGGCAUAUUCCGGAGCGUUGCAUGUCAACGAGGAGGAAGAGCUGGUACGAGCGCAGCGUGAUAUGGAGCGUUGGAAGUAUCAAGGUUUAAAAACAUAUGAAGAGCCGGCUGAUGUAAUGGUGAACGGUGCUCGUAUCUGUGUUCGCGCUUUCUGGAUAACGGUAUCUUUAUUACCACUAGUUCUACUGCUAGUGCUAAUCGGACUUUUAUCAUUGCUUUGGAAGCAAAAAUCCUCUUCAACGAAGCAGUGGUGGAGGAGAACAGGAGAUCCGCCAGCGCAGUCUGCCGCUGCUGAUAAUGACUCUACAUAUCUGAGAUUUUAG